UCUCCUCUAAGGAUAUUUGACAUUCCUUUCGACUUAUUUCGAAUGAUCUCUAUGUGUAUCUAACAACACGAUAGUGUCCUCUAUUUGUUAUCGUUUAGUUAUAGUAGUGAGGUUAUAUUUCUGAAUUAUAAACAAGAAGGAAGGACAUCAAAAUGCCAAGUUCUUCCACAGUAUUUUCCACCGAUCGUGCAUCAGCGGAACGUCGGUGGAAGAUGUGAAACUGGAAAAGUACAACAAUGAAAUCUGUGUAUAAAUUGUUUUUCUUGUGCCUUAUCUUCGUUGCAUUAAUAAUAUUACUUAACUUAAUUAAUUUCUCGAACAAGAUAUACGAUGCUCAAUCUAAAGAGGUUGCUAUUGCUUCAACAACUGUCAAAAAAUUCGUACCUCCUCUGAUAAUAGAAGAAGUGACAAUAUGCGUUGUGGUCUGCGGAGACAGAUUAAACGAAGCACUGACAAUGCUCAAGUCUGCUUUAGUUUUCACUAAUAGACCUCUGCAAUUCAUUGUUUUAGCAGAGAAUAAUUUGAUUCCUGCAUUUAAUGAGAAGUUGGCAGAAUGGAAACUAUUGUCCAACAAAACUUUUGACUUCAUAGUCAAAUCUAUUAUCUUCCCAGAAGGCAGUGAUGCAGUAAUGUGGAAAAAAUUGUUUAAGCCUUGCGCUGCUCAAAGAUUGUUUCUACCUUCGGUUUUAAAUGACACCGAUGCUGUUCUUUAUGUGGAUACGGACACUCUGUUCUUAGCUCCACCAGAAAAAAUUUGGGACGAAUUUAAGAAAAUGAAUUCAAGUCAGUUGGCAGCUUUAAGCCCAGAGCACGAAGAUCCUAACACAGCAUGGUAUAAUAGAUUUGCAAAGCAUCCAUAUUAUGGAAAAUUAGGUGUGAAUUCUGGUGUGAUGUUGAUGAAUUUGACAAGAAUGAGAGACUUUAGGUGGAUAGACUAUGUGAUACCUAUACAUAAGGAAUAUAAAUUGAAGAUAACAUGGGGAGAUCAAGACAUAAUAAACAUCAUAUUUCAUUAUCAUCCUGAAAAACUUUACGUGUACUCUUGCAGAUAUAAUUAUAGACCCGAUCAUUGUAUGUAUAUGCCUGUUUGUACUAAGGCAGAGAAAGAAGGAGCUUUGGUUUUACACGGAUCUAGGGGCACGUUUCAUUCCCAGAAACAACCACCGUUUAAAGCUGUUUACAAAGCUAUGCAAGAGUAUCAACUAAAUACAGAUCCCUAUGAUUAUUUAUUAGUGCCAAUGAGAAAUUAUUUAGCUUCUGAACACAGAUCUAACUGUGGCAAAGUAUGGAAAGUAUUCAUUGUUCAGCCUGAACUGCAUUUAGGCCAGCAAUAAUAUUUAAAUGUCUUUUCCAGUAUUGUAAAACUAUACAGAUAUU